CUGACUGUGUCUCUCAUACUCAUACGGACGGCUUCGUAGAGCGCUGCCUGCUGUUGUAACUGGGACGCGGCUUACCUGCCACCGGACUUCCCAUCCAAGAAGGGCACGUUAGUGAGACCGACACAGACGAGAGCAGGUACAGCAUGGACCUUGAGUGGCUGAGGUUUGAGGAGCAGGUUUGAAGACGGGCAGUGGAGGGGAUGCAGUGUGAGGCCUGGGAGGUCUGCCAUGGGACUGAAUGAUUGUGAGGGCCCCCCUUCUCCCCCGGCCCUGCGAUGUCUGGACCCCACUGUGAGCUCUAGAGAGGCGCCCACGCCGCCUCACACCCCUGCCAUGGACCCCGAGGCCCCCCUGGACCUCAGCUUCCUGUCGGAGGAGGAGCAGAGCGCCAUCCUGGAGGUCCUGCUGCGCGACUCGGAACUGCGCAGCCUGGAGGAGGGCAGGAUCAGUAAACUGAGACACAGCGUGUUGGACCCCAGUGAGUUGAAGAUUCUGACGGGAGACUGGUUCAGCGAUAUGCGGUCCACACGGCACCAAGACCAGAAGUACGGUCCAGACAUCGUCCGUGCGUCCAUCCGGCGCAAAAAAACUCCCAAAGGUGAAGCAGAGCAGACUGGAAGCCCGGCGCUGCAGAAGAACAAGGAGACCCCCAGCCUGCCCGACGAGGGCAAUGAAAGAGCAGCCGAGACAGAGGGGCAGGGAGAGAACUCUCUGUCUCUGGACACUGUGGACAAACACUCACCUGCAGAAACAGAAGAGGGAGAAGAGGCCUCACAGGUCAGUGCUGUUCCAGAGCCCCUCAAUGGUACUGCAGACCUACAGGAGAGCGCUGCCUUCCCCAGCAGGGACCCUGAGGAGCUGGAGAGUGUGCCUCAGCCUGUCCCCACUGUGUCAGUGCAGUCCCAAAGUGACCCGGACUCGCUCUCGGACAGCAAAUUAGACCAGUCCAAUCUCCCCCCGAACGUCCCGUCGGAGCUGCCCAGACCCCUUCUGAGCUCCAGCCUGUCAGUGAAGAGCCUGCAGUCCAACAACUCGCUCAGCGGCAGUAUGAUGAGUCUCUUCAGCUCGGGGGAGUUUGGCUCUCUGGAGGUGAAGGGCAGUGUUUUGUUUGCACUGCACUAUGACGGCCACAAGGGGGAGUUCCAAAUAAAGGUGUACCGCUGCCAAGACCUCGCUGAGGCCAAGAAACAGCGCUCAGACCCGUAUGUGAAGAGUUACCUUCUCCCAGACAAAUCCUCCCACAGCAAGAGGAAGACCAGCGUGAAGAAGAAGUGCAUCAACCCCGUCUUCGACGAGACCCUCAAGUACAAGAUCACGAUGGCGGAUCUGAGGAGCCGCACGCUCAACCUGUCGGUGUGGCACCACGACCCCCUCGGACGCAACUUCUUCCUGGGCGAGGUAGAGGUCGCCAUGGAGACCUGGGACUGGAGCGACUGCCAGCCUGCCUGGCAUGACCUGCUUCCCCGGACCCCCAUGUCUCCCGAAUGCAUCAGCAGCAGAGGGAGGAUCUCUCUGGCUCUGCAGUUCAUCCCAGCUGGCUCACAAGGCAGCGGCACUCCCUUAACUGGAGAGCUCCAUUUCUGGCUGAAGGAAGCUCAGAACAUCAUUCCCACGAAGGGCAGCAGCAUUGACACCUUCCUCAAGAGCUACGUGCUCCCGGACGACAGCAAGUCGAGUCAUCAGAAGACCCGCGUGGUGAAGAAGAGCCUGAGCCCCACCUUCAACCACACCAUGGUGUACGACGGCUUCCAGAGAGAGGACCUGAAGGAGGCCUGCGCGGAGUUCACGCUGUGGGAGCACCAGACCUUCUCCAGCCUGCUGCUGGGGGGCGUGCGACUCAGCCUGGGCACAGGGUUCAGCUACGGGCAGCCUGUGAGCUGGAUGGAUUCCACAGAGGAGGAGAUCGCUGCCUGGAGAGCCAUGAUCUCACAGCCGGGCACGUGGGUGGACAUCUCCCUGCCACUGAGGACCAACCUAGUGCCCAGGAGCACAGCCACGGAGCCUAACUAAGAGAUCCAGCACCCCCAAUCCCAGACAGAGAGGACCCCAAGACCAUCUCUCCUGCAGCCUCCAUCGGCAUGCUGCUGUCUGGAACAUUGUAUAUUCACCUGGAUUUCACAAUUCUGAGAACAGAACUUGGAAUGUUUGUUGCAUUGAAUUGAAGAUACACUAAAUCAUGCAGCCGUCACAUGCAAGGAGGUGCAAUCAAUGGUCAUUAGUGACUAUUUGGUGUGAAUCAGGAUCUUUAGUGAGGUGCAGAAAGCACGUAUUCAAACCAACUAGCAUUUGUUCAUCAAUCAGGGACCAUUGAGUAGACGGCAAGUAGUGUAGUCCUUACUGAGGAGGCUUGGAGGCGCAGUGAGCUAAUUCAACAGACUUCCAACCCACUGCACAAAAACGGGUACAGUUGUCAGCUUGGGAGAGGCCCAGGACUGGAUGGCAGGCAGGGAGGGAGGGGGUGUUCAUAUCAGGACUGAGGUGUGCUCUCCCUUCUAAAUUAUUUGUAUAAGUAUAUAUCAACACAAAGCAACUAGUGCUUUCAAUCAGUGAGAUAUCGCUGACCUAUCUGAGUAAAUUUCCAUUACAUGGUAGCCAAGCAUUGCAGCCCUUUAAGACACAUGCUUGGCAAGGUUCCUAACACACUGGGCAGCACAGGCAAGCUCUUUCUGUUUCAGCUUUUUUAUGCAAGUACAGUAAGGUGCAACUUCAAAAUGAACUUUCCCACUCAUCACCCAGGACUGUACUGGCCAAAGUACGCAAGGAUUGCUUGGAAGAAUUAAAUAGCAUUCUGUAAUUACUUCAGAUCUGUGUUUAGGUUUUUCAGUGACCCAUGUACAGAAUGCGUUACUUGCUGAAUUUAUUAUGCAGAAUGUAUUCUGUGCAAGAAAAUCAAUCAUUUUCAUGUGCAGUGUUUUUAGUUUAUACUAGUGUGGGAGUCCCUAACAGACAUUUCAGGACACUUUCUACAGUGUAUGGUAAAUGCAUUUCUUUAAGGACGGGGCCAGUCAAUCACACUGAAGAUGAAGCAGCCCUCAUAGACUCUAUUGAAAGCUUCCUGUGCUUGCAGUUUAUAAUAGAGGUUUAACAAGAUGUUUAAACUACAAUCGCAUACGGCUAAAGUAUGCUUGACGUCACAGUUCUGGGUGAAUCCAAAUGCUUUGAAUGACUAGCAUGCCUGCCACAGGGUGGAUAAAAAUGGCAACAGUUGUUUAUUGAUUCAUUAAAAAAAGCUUUAUGUGUCAUGUUUGAUAACCGAAAGAUUUCUUACAUUUUUACGAAUAUCAAGGCCAAUGCAUCCUGAAUUUCAGUGUGUUGUCUGUCAUCUGAUAGGAGGUAACAGUCCUCUCAACGUUUGUUUGAAAUGUGUUGCUGCACACAUUUAAAAGACAGUCACACAGUUAAAGGACAGUUCCACAGCUUAACUUAUGGGUUCCUGUAGUUGAGAUUCACGUUGUAUCAUUUUCUGUUUCAGUCCUCACACUGGGACAUGUAAAGCAUCCCUGUAGAUGUCUAACACACAAGCUCCUGUCCCCCUGCAACACCCCUCGUGGAUGUAAGAAAGUCCAUAUGUAUUCUCUGAGGUAUUUCUAACUGAUGUAGUUCUUAUAGGUUAAUGGUUACACUGGUGUACACUGGUGCCAGACAUGAUUCUGAGAGCUCUAAUGAGACCACAGGGGUGCAUUAAACAGUAUAAUUAUAAAUGACUGAAAUACAAACAGAUACACAGUGAAUCUGGACAUCAACAAGAAUAGUUAGCAUUUCAAGUUGCUCUUUAACAUGUGACUUCAUGCAGAUAUUAAAAUAGUUUUUGCUUAACUUCUCUUGGGGCGUCGAUCCCGUGUCACAUUUUAAGGAUUCUUUCUUUAUUCUGUUGUUCUAUGAUGGGGACAGAUAAUCAGCUUGCUACCUUUCUCUACAAAACAUGACUGGAGAGAACUCACGGACCAGCUAACAUCUGACGAGGGGCACAGUUAUAACAAUGGCAAAACAAUAAGAGACUUGAGAAAGUGUUGUUACACCAAAAAGAAAACCAGUCGGGUUGCAAAACUUCAGCCUGGAGAAAUCUGCCUGAGCUAAUAAUUGUGUAAAUGCAUUCAGAGAUACAGAGUGUGAGACGGAGGGGUCUGCAGUCAGCUGGGAUUUAGUUCUGAGAGCUGGUUUGAAAAUCUUUUACUGUUUUAAUAUUGGAAGACAGAAUCUGCUGCUGUAUUGUAUUACUGGUGCUGGAGUUUCAAGUCUUGCGAUUCCCCUGCUUCAAUAAACACGUCUCUUCA